AUGCGUGUCAACACUGUGAGCAAAGCGCCUCUGGGCCUCCUGGCCCUGUACGCUACUUCGGCAUCUGCCUUUUGGCGUAUGAUGUGUCCUAGUCGGCUUGUUCAGCAACGUGCCGACCCGAUUAUGAGCCCCGGCGAGGUGGCUGGCCAUGUGCACACCAUCUCCGGAGGAAAUGGCUUCAAAUUCGACAUGAACUACGACGACGCUCGCAACUCGGACUGCUCGUCGUGCCCCAUCAAACAGGAUCUGUCCAACUACUGGACUCCCAAACUCUACUACCAUGCCGAGAACGGUAGCUUUAUCAGUGUUCCCCAGAUUGGCGACCAGUGGGACAACACUGGCGGAAUGAACGUGUACUACUUCCAACGCGGCGGUCCUAACCAGGACGAAAUCAAGGCCUUCCCCAAGGACUUCCGCAUGGUCGCCGGAGAUCCGUUCAAGCGUAGCUUCGACGACGACAAGCCCUCCCAGGCCGUGAGCUUCGUCUGCCUGGACUACAACGCCGAGCCGAAACCCGAAACCAACGAGUUUCCCAACGAAAACUGCCCAGACGGUCUUCGCGUGCAGGUCUUCUUCCCCAGCUGCUGGGAUGGCGAGAACCUGGAUUCGGACGACCACAAGUCUCACGUCGCGUACCCCGAACCCUUCAACGACGGCUCCUGCCCUGAGAGCCACCCCGUCCAUCUCGUCUCCAUCUUCUACGAGGUCCUUUGGAACACCGGCGUCUUCGCGGACGAGUGGUACGGAGACUCGCAGCCCUUCGUCCUGGCCAACGGUGACCCCACCGGAUACGGAUUCCACGGUGAUUUCAUCAACGGCUGGGACAUCGAUGUGCUCCAAACCGCCAUCGACAAGUGCCUGAACCUCAGCGGCAACCUGGAAGACUGCGUCGACGAGAACGGAACCCCCGUGUUCGAGUUCUUCUCGGACGAGGAGUGCCAGCAAUGCUCGCUUCCCAACCUCGUCGAUGAAGACAUCGACGGCAUCUUUGAGAACCUGCCCGGCUGCAACCCACUGACUGGGGGCCCUGACCGCGCGGAACCCGAAGAGUGCGACAAGCCUGCCAUCCUGGAGGCGCCUGCUGAGAAGCGCAAGCGUCAGCAGCAUGAGCAUCUUGCUCGCCACCGUCACGGCGCUCACCAUAAGGCGUAG